GGAAUAAUAAUAUUACGAAGCAAUUAUUUCCCGCGAAAUAUAGGUAAAUGGAAUUCCGGGCGAUAUUGCCGUCCAGAUCUUUCUAUAUUCCGGCAAAUUUUCUCGUAAAAUCUAAAACCCCGCCCCGCAAUAUUCUCAGAAGAAACAAUCUUCGGCGCGAACCUCCUCACGUUCGGCCCUCUGUCGCGGCCUUAAACGAGAACAAUGGUAGCUUAUCGGUCUCAAAAGAGUGUACGGACGAUAAAGAUCCAGAACGAGCAAGCUUGAAAAAUCAAAAGAAAUGGAUUCAUUUCGUGGGAGUUGGAGGCUGUGGAAUGUCUGCGCUCGCCAAGCUUGCCCUGAAACAGGGUUACGAAGUUAGUGGGUCGGAUCUUGAAUGGAAUAGCUUCAUGGAUAGACUACAAGAAGCAGGAGUGCGUUUGUACAUUGGUCAUUCUGUCUCGAAUUUGCAAAGGAACAAUAGUUCAAGAUUGCCUAGUGCUGUUGUCAUUUCAAGUGCUAUCCCUCAAAAAAAUGUGGAGAUUUUACAUGCAAAGUCCAUUGGAGUACCUGUAUACAAGCGAGAUUAUUGGUUGGGAAAUUUGACACGGCACUAUAAGCUCAUAGCUGUCAGUGGUAGCCAUGGGAAGAGUACAACUACAGCUAUGCUUGCUUAUGUUUUAAAUGCAAUGGGUGAUGAUCUUACUGCUAUAGUUGGGGCAGAUGUGCCACAGUUCACAGAAGGAAAUAUUAUUUCAGGAAGCAAUGAAACAUUUGUAUUAGAGGCUGAUGAAUAUGAUGGUUGCUUCUUGCAAUUAUCACCUCAUAUAGCUGUUGUAACAAACCUGGACUGGGAGCAUGUUGAUAUUUUCCCAGACGAGGAAGCAGUUAAAACGAUGUUUAGGAAAUUCCUAAAUCGAAUCAGAAAGGGCGGACAUCUCAUCUUAUGUGGGGAUAGUCAAGGUGCAAAAUCCUUGCUGAGUAACUGUAAACAGACAAUUGGAUUAGAUGCUAUGAGGGGUGCAGUGUCAAUUCCAAGCUCAGAACAACGUGCUGAUAACUAUAAGAUAGCAACCUUUGGAAUUUCAAGUUCUAAUGAAUGGCAUGCAUCAUCAAUUACUCAAAACUCAGAGGGUGGUGUUGAUUAUACAAUGUGUCAUCGGGGAUGCCCAGUGGCAGACAUCAGUCUACAGAUUUCAGGGAAUCAUAACGUCCUCAAUUCCUUAGCAGUUAUUGCUACAGUAGCUGCAAUGGUUACAAACCAAAGACAUGUUUAUGAUACAGUUGAACGUUUGAAGUUGCACUUGAAAAAUUUUAGAGGCAUUUCAAGGCGUUUUGAGAUGAUUGGCAGUAUCCAUGGAUGCCAUGUAUUUGAUGAUUAUGCUCAUCAUGCCACAGAGAUUCGCGCAGUUCUUCAAGCUGCACGGCAGCGGUUCCCUUUGAAGGCUCUGUUGGUGGUGUUUCAGCCUCAUACUUAUAGUCGUCUAGCAGCUCUGAAAAGUGACUUUGCCAAUGCCCUUAGUGACGCAGAUCAAGUUAUUAUAACUGAGGUUUAUGCUGCUCGAGAAACACGCCAUUGGAACGUCAAUGGAAACGAUUUAUCUGAUUUGAUAAUUGGUCGUCCAUCGGAAUAUAUUCCUUCGCUGGAAGAUGUAGUGAAUAAGCUAGUGCUACAAAUAUGCGAGGACCCCCAUCGAGAUAUUGUUGUUUUAACACUUGGAGCCGGUGAUAUUACCACUUUGGGCCCUAAACUGCUCAAGAAACUGCAAAAGCAACUGAAAGAAACUGCUUUCGAUGUUUCUACUUGUAAGUUACCAAACCGGAAGUCUCCCAUGCCUGGGCCUGGCAAUUCCUUUGGUGAUCAAGUCAUUCACUCACAUCUCGUUGAUUGAAACGAUAGAGGUAUGAAACUUGAGAAGAAGAAAAUGUCGGGUGGAAAGGAAUGAAAAACUUCACCUUGGCUCAACUAGCUUUCCGACUCAAGCAAUAACAAAAGUUUUGCUUCUAAAAGACUUGUGGUAAAUUAUUUGUACUUCAUUAUUAAAUUACACUGAUUCAUUCUUGGCGACAUCAUAUUAUUUGUCGGUAGUCAAGCUCGUACAUGCAAAUACAAUAUAUGAUUAUAGGACAAUUCUUCAAAAGGCACUUUACUUUAA